CAAUGCUCAUAAACUAGCAUUGAUCAAAUAGAGUAAUAAAGCCAAGUCAAAGGAAAUAUUGCGAGUCAGUGGAGAUAAAGGCAAACCAACAAGGAUGUUUUAAGAUCAGAUCUGGGGCAUGGAGCUGAAAAUAUUCCAAGUCAUGGACGUGGAUCUCUCUUUACUUUGCUUGUUAUUGCUACUCCUUGUAAGCCAUGGAGUUGGACUUAAAGAUAUGUGCCAAGAAGCAAGGUGUAAGAAGCAUGGUCCAGUCAUAAGAUUCCCGUUCAGAAUCAAAGGCAAGCAGCCAGAUUACUGUGGCUAUCCUGGGUUUGAUCUAUCUUGCACUGACAGGAAAGAAACAUUGUUGGAGCUGCCAACUUCAGUGAAACUCUACAUCAAGAAUAUUGAUUAUGCAUCAGAGUUGAUCACUGCAACUGAUCCAGAAAACUGCCUUCCAAGGCAGCUCUUGAACUUCAGUUUAUCAACAUCUGCUUUCAAAUUUGCAGCAUGGUUACAGAGGGACUUGGACUUUUUCAACUGCACUUCAAGGCAGAGAGACUCUUAUCUAUGGACGUCUUGCCUUGGUGUUCCAGGAUAUGAUAUUUAUGCCUUUACGUCUGGUAGUAUCGUUACUUAUUUCGACCUGACUUCUUGUAGCAAGAUGUAUAGCCUUUCUUCGGUUCCAGAUGAUUUAAAUAGCAGGGACAACAUUCUUCAUUUGAAUUGGUCAAGACCGGCAUGUGGACUUUGUGGAGCUCUGGGUAAGUUCUGCAGAUUGAAGAAUAACACAGAUAGGAUCGAGACUGAAUGCUAUGACAAGCCUAAAUCAAAUGAAGGCAUAAUAAAAAAGAUAGUGGCUGCAGUUACAACUGUUGGUUCAGCUAUUCUGCUGCUGAUAGUCUUUGCGCUCUAUCGUGUCUACAGCUCCGACAAAGCAGCUAAACAACAUCAGAAAAGGAUUGAGAAUUUUUUGGCAGAUUAUAAAGCUCUCAAGCCCGCUAGAUACACUUAUGCUGACAUAAAAAGGAUUACAAAUGAUUUCAAGGAGAAAUUGGGUCAGGGAGCAUAUGGAACUGUGUUUAAAGGAAAGCUUUCUAAUGAGAUCUUUGUAGCUGUGAAGAUCCUGAACAAUUCAACAGGGAAUGGUGAAGAGUUCGUUAAUGAAGUGGGAACAAUGGGAAGAAUUCAUCAUGUCAACAUUGUUCGAUUAGUCGGUUACUGUGCUGAUGGAUUUAGAAGAGCUCUAGUUUACGACUACCUGCCAAAUGAAUCACUAGAGAAAUUUGUAUCUUCAGAACACGGCAAGACCUGUCCUCUUAGUUGGGAGAAGCUUCAGGAUAUUGCUCUUGGCAUAGCUAAGGGAAUAGAGUAUCUUCACCAAGGUUGUGAUCAGCGAAUCCUCCAUUUCGACAUCAAACCCCAUAAUAUCUUGCUAGACGAUAAUUUCAGUCCAAAAAUUUCUGAUUUUGGUCUGGCGAAACUAUGUUCCAAGGAUCAGAGUGCUGUUUCCAUGACUACAGCUAGAGGAACCAUGGGGUACAUUGCACCUGAAGUUUUCUCUAGGAACUUUGGGAAUGUGUCCUCCAAGUCAGAUGUUUAUAGUUAUGGAAUGGUGUUGCUUGAAAUGGUUGGAGGAAGGAAAACUGUCGAUAAAGAAGUAGAGAACAACACCCAAAUCUACUUCCCUGGAUGGGUCUACAACAGCCUGGAUAACGGAGAAGAGCUGAUAAUCCGGAUUGAAAAGGAGGGAGAUGCACAAAUUGCAAAGAAGCUGACAAUUGUUGGUUUAUGGUGCAUUCAGUGGCACCCUGUGGAGCGUCCCUCAAUGACUACUGUAGUUCAAAUGUUGGAAGGAGGAGGAGACAAAUUAACAAUGCCUCCUAGCCCUCUUUCGUCGGCGGGUCAAGGAAGAAUGAAAUCACAUUUACCAGGGAGACCUCUUCAUCAGAUUUUGGAAGUGAUCUCUGAAACAAAUUGACCAUGGAAUGAUCAGCAGUACACAACUCCUUUAGCAGGAGUAUAUUUUCUUUUAUUCAUGGAUUCUGAUCUUUGAAUGCUACAUCAAAAAUUAAAAAAUGAAACUGACAAACAAAAUCAUAUUUAACA